AUGUCCAACCCCCCCGGUGAAUUCUUUGCCAUCCGCUCCGGUACCGACAUCCAGACCGGUAGCGAGCAAGAGCAGACAAAUUCAGCCGAAGCAGAUUUGCUGUCCUUCCCCGGGACGACGUGCGACCUCCCCGUCGACUUGGUGAGGGGCCCCCGCAGAAUAAGUCCAGAAUUUCACUCCGGUUGUACAUUUCCGCUUCCGGCGAGGACGGCGCGGGGGAAGCCGAGCCCGAAGACGGCCUUCGUUUCCUUCCCGGUGGAAGGCCAGACCAAGUACCUCGGUGCAUCUCCUCCUCGCCUGGUAAAAAUGAGUCGGGCCUUUUCAGCUUUCCUGUCUGUGAACCGUCAGGACUUCACGGAGCUCAGCUUUCUAAAGGACAGAAUGAGCAAGAGGUCGUCCCCUGGGACCCGUCACCCUCUCAGUAGUUAUGAAAUCCUGCUGUCUGCCCUUUUUGUCGCUUCUGCGCUUGUCAGCGUCGGGUUACUGGUGGUCUCGUGGCUGGCCGUCCGCGACUCGGAAACGGAACCCGGUACUGGCCACGGAACCAGGGGAACCUUCAAGAUAGCGUCAGGGGCGUCUUUCAGCCCAGGCUUACGAGACAAUUCAUCGGCCGACUUCAAGAUCCUGGCCUUUGACGUGCAGCAGAUGAUAGAUGAAAUCUUUCGGGCAAGCCACCUGAAGAAUGAGUUCAAAACCUCCCGAGUUCUGCAGUUCAGGAACGGGAGCGUGAUGGUCGACUUUGACCUUUUCUUCUCCCGGCGGGUGUCCGACGGAAACGCCAAGGAUGCGCUGGUGCGGGGCAUCGAGGCCAACGGUUCGAGCCUUUUACUGACUCUCCGGGUGGAUCCAAGCAGCGUGGGCAUCCUAGGUAGGUGGACCGUGGCCACUUUGACCGUUUUUUCCCCUCCCCGCCCCGCAUCCGGCCUGUCGGGAGUCUGCCGGGAGCUGACCCGAAGGGGACGAACCGAAAGCCACCCCACGAUCAAUCCUCAGGUAACACCAGGCAGCACCACGUCCGGGUGCUCCGCCGGGACCAGGCCGUGUGCCGGCGGCCAGGACUACUGCAUCCCACGGGAUUUCCUCUGCGACGGCUUCCCGGACUGUCCCGACGCCUCGGACGAAGACCCUCGGGAUUGCGCUACCGUUUGCGAUGGCCAAUUUCUGCUGACGGGUCCCUCCGGGAACUUCCACUCGAUGAAUUACCCGAAGCCUUACAACUCAAACAUCGCGUGCCAGUGGGUUAUACGGGUGAAUCAAGGAUCCGCCAUUCAGCUGAACUUCGCUUCUUUCGACACCCAGCAUUACGCAGACGUGCUCUAUAUCUACGAAGGCACAAGACGAAACAAGGUCCUCCGAGCGUCCCUCUGGGGGAAGGAUCCCGGAACUUUCCGCAUCUUUUCACACGAAGCCACCGUAGAGUUCGUCGCGGACUUUGACGAAAACGAGCACACGGGCUUCCACGCGACGUACGGCGCGUUCGGCAUCGACGAGCUGAGCGACGGUGAAAAAAUCAACUGCGAUUUUGAGGAUGGAUUCUGUUACUGGAUCCAGGAUCUCCAAGAUGAAGACGAGUGGGAGAGGAUUCAGGGAUACACCUUCCCUCCGCAGACCGGACCCAGUUACGAUCACACUUUCGGCAAUUCGUCAGGGUUUUAUAUCUCUACGCCCGUCGGACCCGGAGGCAGACGGGAGAGAGUCCGGCUUUUAAGUCUCCCUCUGGUGCCCGCCUCGGGUCCAGUGUGCUUCAGCUUCUGGUAUCAUAUGUAUGGGGAUGCCGUAUAUCGUUUAAGCGUUAAUAUCAGCGACGAACACAAUGGUGAAAAGACCGUUUUCCAGAAGGAAGGCAAUUAUGGGGACAACUGGAAUUAUGGCCAAGUCACGUUGAAUGAAACCGUUCCUUUUCAGGUGGCCUUCGACGCCCACCGGAACCGUGGGCCGAGCGACAUAGCGUUGGACGACGUCGGCCUGGCCGCCGGAAGCUGCAACGCCGGCCCGUACCCGGAGCCCACGCCCGUCCCGACCACGACGGCGGCUCCGGAGUUUCCCACCAACUGCGGAGGGCCCGUGAAACUCUCGGAGCCCAAUUCAACGUUCAGCUCGAUGAAUUACCCGAACAUCUACCCCAAUCAAGCUUUCUGUAUCUGGUAUUUACACGCGGAAGAAGGGAAGAAUAUCCGACUUCACUUUCAAACGUUUGACUUAGAGAAUGUCGUGGAUGUGGUCGAAGUCAGAGAUGGCAGCGGAGAGGACUCACGGCUUCUAGCCGUGUACACGGGGCCUGGGCCCAUGCAGGACGUCUACUCCACCACCAACACGAUGACCGUCCUCCUCAUCACCGACAAGACUGUGGGGAGAAGUGGCUUCCUGGCCAACUUCACCAGCGGGUACAAUCUGGGAAUGGAAGAACCAUGCCAAGGAGGGGGUUUCAGGUGUGGGAGCGGAGAAUGCAUCGCGGCCGAGCACCUCUGCGACGGACACCGACACUGCCAAGACGGCUCGGACGAAGCCGAGUGCGUGCGUCUGUUCGACGGCUCCCUCAGCAACAGCGGGCUGGUCCAGUUCCGGGUCGAAAGGGAAUGGAGGACAGCUUGUGCGGAGAACUGGAGCCCCGGCGUCUCCGACGAAGUUUGCCGGCUGUUGAGCCUGGGGAGUGGGAACGCAUCCCGAUCCGUAUUGUCGACGGGGAAUGGAUCCUUUGUGACCCUAAGCCCGGCCCCAAAUGGCAGUUUAACACUGAUACCCGGGAAUCGGUGCCCCGGAGACCGCACGAUUCACCUGCGGUGCAAUUACCGCCCGUGUGGACGGAAGAUGGUAGCCGAAGAGGCCGGGCCCAAGAUCGUCGGCGGAGCGGACGCCCGCGAGGGAGAGUGGCCGUGGAUAGUGGCGCUCUUCUACAACGGCCGUUUCUCGUGCGGCGCUUCCCUGGUCAACCACGAGUGGCUGGUGUCGGCGGCCCACUGCGUGUACGGGAGGAAUUUAAUCCCCUCCCGGUGGCAGGCUCUCCUCGGGCUCCACAGCACGCUGAACCUCACGUCUCCCCACGCCGUCCGACGGACGAUCGACCGGAUCGUCAUCCACCCUCUCUACAACAAGCGGACCAAGGACGCUGACCUUGCCAUGAUGCGGCUUCACCUCACGGUGAAUUACACAGAUUACAUCCAGCCCGUCUGUUUACCUGAAGCCGAUCAACCGUUUCCACCUGGGAUCGACUGUACCAUCGCCGGUUGGGGGAAAACCUCUUCUCAAGGUUCAACCGCCGCCGUUUUACAAGAAGCCACGAUCCCUCUGGUCUCCAACGAACAAUGCCAGCGGUGGAUGCCGGAAUACAUCAUCACCGCCAAGAUGAUGUGCGGCGGCUAUGAGCGAGGAGGGGUUGAUUCCUGCCAGGGGGACUCGGGAGGGCCGCUCGUCCGGCGAGAGGGCGGCCGCUGGCUGCUGGCGGGCGUGACCUCCUUCGGCUACCAGUGCGCCCUGCCCCGUCGUCCGGGAGUCUACGCCCGCACCACCGUGUUCGCCCACUGGAUCCGCCGUUUCCUGCGCCAGUCGGCCGGACGGCGUCCGCGGGCGUCGCCGGGCCCCGGGGGACGGAGGGGCCUCCGGGUCGGGGAGGGGACCGACGCGCACGUCCAGCCAACGGAUCACAAACACGGGAAAACGAUCGGCGCGGAGACCUCUUCCGGGGGCUUUCGGUUCGACCGGCUGACCCUCGGAGGCGGUCGAGCCAUUCCAAGCUGA